UGACGCCAUGCAGGCAUUUCGAGUACAUAACGCCAGACAGUGUAAAGCAACAACAACACCAUCAACAUUGGCUUAUUCCAGACACAGGAUCCACGAUCAAGAAAACAUGUAACAACGCAGCGGACUGAUGAAGAUGACGUUUUGGGCCCAAGCUGGAUUCUGAAAGCUCGAGCCAUCCAAACCCCAACCUGAUGCAAUGAAGUCCUCCACUAUUCCACCGUCUGAACCACCGCCAGUGGAGUCUGAGUUGAAAGUAAGACCAGUACCUCUUCCAAGGCUGAAAAAACCCAACAACAUCUAUGAAACUAGAUAUGAUGUGCCUGCUGUCAAGAAACAGCCGACUCCUCCACCCAGACCUCCGGCUCCAGACUUUUAUUACAACCAGAAAUCUGAGAUUACAGAUAAACCUCAUCACCCUAGAGCCACACACAGGCAAGCGUCCUUACCAGCCAUCGAUUCUGAAACUGACGGACCUGCAAAACAGCCUCACAUUUUUCGACCAAGACUGUCUCUCUCAGAAGGGGCUCCUUUGAGCACAAGGGCGUUACCGGCUAAACCAUGCCCGCAGAUUUAUGGUCCGCUGCCGCGCCCAUCCAUAACGCCACCAGUGGAGCCGCUGUACAUGGAAAUAGAGGACGCUCAGUACCUGGCCAUUCUACCACCAGAAGAUGAUGUCACAGUGAGAAAGCUGGCACAGGAGACAUCACCAACUUCGAAAGGAGUGUACAACCAAAUAGACUCUUGUCAACAAUAUUAUGAAAUCAUUGAAGAGAAAGAGGAUGUCCAGGAAAUACAGGAAAUGUUGAAAUGGAUGAGACAAGAGUCAAAGGCUGCUCACAAGACCCCAUCAGUGUUUGGACUCGAUAUUAAGCAGGAAAUAAGGUCAUUCAAUCAGAGAGCCAUGAAUAUAAGGCAAGCGCUUCAUCUCUACAAUGUUCUAAUGAAACGGCGAAGUCGAUGUCUAGGGUACUAUGUUUCCGAGUUCAGAUCCAUCUCACAACUCCUGGACAAAGAUGAGAAGAAGGUGAAAAAUAUGGGCAUUGCCGGAGGCACCACGGGGGCAGUUGGUGGAGUAGCUGCAUUGGUGGGCAUCGCCUUAGCGCCCGUGACCAUGGGAGUGUCGCUGAUCGCAACGGCUGUCGGCGUCGGAAUGGUGGGGGCGGCCGGUGGCAUGGGCGUCCAUGCCGCUACACCCAACAAGGAGAUUAACGAUCAAGAAAAAAUUGAGAAGCUGGCCUGCGAUUAUGCGAUGAGUGUCGCCGAUAUCGAACGCUGCCUGGGUUUGAUCCUUUCUGAAGUGAACGAGCUGCAAAGGCACGACCUGGGGAGGUUGGAGCACGCCGGAGGAGUGCUGCCUGCCGCACUGACGCUGGCCCACAGGUCACAGGCGGUGAGGAAUAACAUCCACAACGGGAGACUUUCUUCUUACGCAAGUACAACGCCUUCUGAGAGGCUGCUGCAGGCCUUUGCUGCAGAAAUGGACCAGUAUUAUAAAGACAAGGGCGGACAUAAAAAGCUGAGGAAGUCCAACAAGAGCAGACUUUCUGGCAGAGUUCAACUGCUGGCUCGAAAUCUGCAGGAGGAGCUGGAUUAUCUCAAUGAUAUCGCCAGAAGGCAGUAG